CCGAGGUCGACCCCCAAGAGUAAGAGGCGCGGGGGCAGCAGGUCUGCGAGUCGAAGUGUCGCGGCGGUGCACUUGCAGCAAGAAUCGGGAGGAGCAGGAGACAGCGAGGAUAGGCCCAGGAGCAAUGGCGUCCAAAGAGGAACAAGCAGUAAAAAAUCUCUACAUGGAAAAUGCCAACCAGGAGAAUGAAAACAAGGAUGAAAAGGGGCAGGAUGCUAAUAAAGGAGAGCCUUUCGCCCUCCCUUUGGAAGCUGGUGAAUAUUGUGUACCUAGAGGAAAUCGUAGGAGGUUCCGUGUUAGGCAGCCCAUCCUGCAGUAUAGAUGGGACAUGACUCAGAGGCUUGAAGAGCCACAGGCAAGGAUGAGAGAAGAGAAUAUGGAAAGGAUUGGGGAGGAGGUGAGGCAGCUGAUGGAAAAGCUGAGGGAAAAGCAGCUGAGUCAUAGUCUGCGGGCAGUUAGCACUGACCCCCCUCACCAUGACCAUCAUGAUGAGUUCUGCCUUAUGCCUUGAAUCCUGAUGU